UGGGGAACGUGUGCAGUGUCACAUGACGCGUCAGAUCAAUGACCCGCAGAGCCGUCUGUCAGUGCCCAGCAGCAGGGUGCUGGAUUGCAGCUUCGCUCGGCGCCCCGUUUACCUGCGAGAUGCACCGGGGUUCAUCGUUCAACCCGUCGCGUUCAGCCUUCAGUGAUUCAGCAUGUCCUCCUGUUUACAACAGGCACGUGUGUGGAGCAACAGUCAUCAGUCAAUACUGGCUUUUAUCAGCAGCACACUGCUUUCCUCGUUCCCAAGGAUUAAGCGACAAGGAUAUUUGGAGAGCGGUGAUAGGGCUGAGGGAACUGCUGAAGACUAAACCAUUAGCAGGUUCAUAG